AUGCUCUUCAAUUCGGUACUCCGCCAGCCCCAGUUUGGCGUCCCGAGAAAUGGAUGGUCUUCACAAUACCCUCUACAGUCCCUUCUUACUGGUUAUCAGUGCAACUAUAAUGAUGAGCACACUUCUUAUGGAGAAACAGGAGCCCCAGUUCCUCCUUUUGGAUGCACCUUCUCUUCCGCUCCCAAUAUGGAGCAUAUACUAGCAGUUGCCAAUGAAGAAGGCUUCGUUAGGUUAUAUAACACAGAAUCACAAACCAGUAGAAAGAAGUGCGUCAAAGAAUGGAUGGCUCACUGGAAUGCUGUCUUUGACCUGGCCUGGGUCCCUGGUGAACUUAAGCUUGUUACAGCAGCAGGUGAUCAAACAGCCAAAUUUUGGGAUGUAAAAGCUGGUGAGCUGAUUGGAACAUGCAAAGGUCAUCAGUGCAGCCUCAAGUCAGUUGCCUUUUCUAAGUUUGAGAAAGCUGUCUUCUGUACAGGUGGAAGAGAUGGCAACAUUAUGGUCUGGGACACCAGGUGCAACAAAAAAGAUGGAUUUUAUAGGCAAGUGAAUCAAAUCAGUGGAGCUCACAAUACCUUAGACAAGCAAACCCCUUCAAAACCUAAGAAGAAACAGAAUUCAAAAGGGCUUGCUCCUUCUGUGGAUUUCCAGCAGAGUGUUACUGUGGUCCUCUUUCAAGAUGAGAAUACAUUAGUCUCAGCAGGAGCCGUGGAUGGGGUAAUCAAAAUAUGGGAUUUACGUAAGAAUUAUACUGCUUAUCGGCAAGAACCCAUAGCUUCCAAGUCUUUCCUGUACCCAGGUAGCAGCACUCGAAAACUAGGAUACUCAAGUCUGAUUUUGGAUUCUACUGGCUCUACUUUAUUUGCUAACUGCACAGAUGACAACAUCUACAUGUUCAAUAUGACUGGAUUAAGGACUUCUCCAGUGGCUAUCUUCAAUGGACAUCAGAACUCUACCUUUUAUGUUAAGUCCAGUAUUAGUCCAGAUGACCAGUUUUUAGUCAGUGGCUCAAGUGAUGAAGCUGCCUACAUCUGGAAGGUCUCCAUACCCUGGCAUCCUCCUACUGUGCUCCUGGGUCAUUCUCAAGAGGUCACAUCUGUGUGCUGGUGUCCAUCAGACUUCACAAAGAUUGCUACCUGCUCUGAUGACAAUACACUGAAAGUCUGGCGCUUGAAUAGAGACUUAGAAGAGAAAUCAGGAGGAGAUAAACUCUCCAUAGUGGGCUGGGCCUCUCAGAAGAAGAGAGAGGCGAGAGCUGACCUAGUAACAGUGACAAGUAGCCAGAGUACUCCUGCCAAAGCCCCCAGAGUAAAGAGCAGUCCAUCCAUUUCCUCCCCAUCAUCAGCAGCUUGUGCUCCAAGCUGUGCUGGAGACCUCCCUCUUCCUUCAAAUACUGCCACAUUCUCUCUUAAAACCCCUCCUGCCAAGACCCGAUCUCCCAUCAGCAGAAGAGGCUCCGUGUCUUCUGUCUCUCCCAAGCCACCCUCAUCUUUCAAGAUGUCCAUUAGAAACUGGAUGACCCGAACACCUUCCUUAUCACCACCCAUGACUCCACCUGCUUCUGAGACCAAGAUCAUGUCUCCAAGAAAAGCCCUUAUACCUGUGAGCCUGAAAUCAUCCCAAGCAGUGGCUUGCUCUGAGUCUAGAAAUAGAGUAAAGAGGAGGCUAGACUCAAGUUGUCUGGAGAAUGUGAAACAAAAGUGUGUAAAGAGUUGCAACUGUGUGACUGAGCUUGAUGACCCAGUUGAAAAGCUUCAUUUGGAUCUGUGCUGCCUUGCUGGUAACCAGGAAGACCUUGGUAAGGACUCUCUAGGUCCUACCAAACCAAGCAAGAUUGAAGGGACUAGUAUGAGUGUCACAGAGCCUCCUUCUCCUGCCAGUCCUUAUGCUUCAGAAGGCUGUGGAACGCUACCUCUUCCUUUGGGAUCUUGUGGAGAAGGCUCUGAAGUGGUAGGCAAAGAGAAUAGCUCCCCAGAGAAUAAAAACUGGUUAUUGGCCAUGGCAGCCAAACGGAAGGCUGAGAAUUCGUCUCCACGAAGUCCAUCGUCCCAGACCCCCAACCCUAGGAGACAGAGUGGAAAGACUUCUCCAGGCCCGGUUACCAUUACUCCCAGCUCCAUGCGGAAAAUCUGUACAUAUUUCCAUAGAAAGUCCCAAGAUGGCUACUGUAGUCCAGAACAGUCAACAGAAUUAUAGAUUCUCAUCUGAAGAAAAUCCUUUCAACUCUGAAAUUUACCUAGCCUGGUUCUACUGCCAUGGUGUAUGUGCAGCCUCCUCGGAAAGAAUGCUGUGUUUAAAUUUCAUAAAGUAAGUUUGUCA